AUGGUUGAUCAGAAAAUUUUCAAGACAGCUAAAAAGUACGGGUUUGAUAGUGUGUACUUUGACAAAUGCAGCAUCGAGAUAUUGGAAAAAUAUAUAACGUAUAUCAGACCCCUUCUCACACCCACUUGCGAGUAUGUGUUGGUAAAUCGAAGUGGUAAACAAUUUCAAAAACUUACAGAUCUUUUCAGCGUGCUGGUGUUCGAAGCCAUCGGAAAGUACAUUCAGCCGACUAGGUACAGACAAAUCAUUGAGACAGAAAGUUCCCAGGUUCUGCUACCGAACGAACAGAAAUGGAUAUCUGAAGACCAGAAGCAUAGCUCUAACAUUGCCCGUGUUCAUUAUCAAAACAAACGUUCUCGGGAAGUAGCAAUAAGAAUUUGUGCAUGCAAAAAUUAGUUGAGAACAGUAAGAAUUUAGAAAUUGAAUGCGAAAAGGUAGAGCAGUCAUCACAGAGACAAGACCAUGUUCGCAAAGACACUGCAACCACUUCGACCCAUAAAUUGACUAAACGACGUUCAGGUAUUCGCUUCACACCUGACGAGGACAAUUACAAUUAGGUUAGGCAUUGAAAAAUUUGGUUUACGUCGGUCAAUGAUAUUGCGUCAUCCAGAAUUUAACUUCAAUGCAUGUUGUGUUCCAAAUACUUUACGAAAGAGGGCUGAAGCCUUGAAAUUAGUGUGAUUGUAAACCAUUAAAUUGUAUAUUAAAACGUAAAGCAUGAUUUUUUAUAUUUGUAUGAAAUAAAAGAGAGUAUAUAACAAUUGAUACUAAUGAAUGCAAGUCAUGUGUGACAAUAGCGUGACUAUGUGUUUCAACUUUUCAAUGUUUUUUAUACACAUUCAUUUGCUUAUUAAACAAGCACUGAUUUUAAUAAGAGUUGUCAAUAGUAACAGUCAGUUCAAAUUUUAUUCAAAACACAAUCUUUGCUCCUUUGGAAGUAGCCUGUGGUUGCAAUUUUUUCUAAGUGUAGUUUAAACUAUAGUAAAAUGCUAUAAAUUCUGUUGGAAAAUAUUCUAAGUAUUAUUUUGCAAGUGAAUAUUAGGAAAAUACUUAGAAAAUUUCAAACACGGGCUACCAACCGUUGGUAGCCCGUGAUUGAAAUUUUUCUAAGUCUUUUCCAAAUAUUCACGUACAAAAGACUUAGAAUAUUUUCAACACAAUUUCCACCAUUUUAGUAUAGUUUAAACUACACUUAGAAAAAAAUUCAACUUCGGGCUACCAAGCGUUGGUAGCCCCUGGUUGAAAUUUUUCUAAGUCUCUACUUAACUUACUCUGUUGAGAAACUGACGGGCUACGGGCUACUCCAUACAAAUCCUAAUAAAUUUCACGGGCUACCAAUACAAAUAGCCGAGGUUGAAAUUUUUUGUAAGUGUAGUAUAAACUAUACUAAAAUUUGAUAAAUUGUGUUUGAAAAUAUUCCAAGUCUUUUGUAAGUGAAUAUUUAAAAAAGACUUAGAAAAAUUUCAACCUCGGGCUACCAAGCGUUGGUAGCCCGUGGUUGAAAUUUUUCUAAGUUUUUUUUAAAUGUUCACUUACGAAAGACUUAGAAUAUUUUCAAACACAAUUUAUCCAAUUUUACUAUUGUUUAUACUACACUUAGAAAAAAUUUCAACCUCGGGCUGCUUGUAUUGAUAGCCCGUGAUUUUGAGUGGUAGCCCGAGGGUAGCCCGUGAAAAUUUUUCUAAGUCUUUUUUAAAUGUUCACUUACAAAAGACUUAGAAAAAUCACCUCGGGCUACCAAUGCUUGGUAGCCCAUGGUUGAAAUUUUUCUAAGUCUUUUGUAAGUGAACAUUUAGAAAAAUUUUCAACCUCUGGCUACCAACACUUUUUCAAAUGUUCACUUACGAAGCACUUACGAUAUUUUCAAACACAAUUUAUCAAAUUUUACUAUAGUUAUAACGACAUAAUUUUUUAAUUUAAAUUUUUAUGAAAAUGCUUUUAGAAUUGUUUAUAUGUAUUCAUAUCUAGAAUAUAACCACACCUAUUUGUUAAAGCACACGAAAAUAUAUAUACAUUAUUCAUUAGCAUUUUUCAAACAAUACAAUAUUGACAUUGCUGACCUCCAUUGUUUCGUAAUGAUUUGCAAUGUUUUAGUUAUUUUGCAAUUUAACGUUUGUUAUGUUGAUGUAAAUAUAACUAAAAGCAAGUCAUCUGUUUGCACACAUGUAAACACACUUGUCAAAAUGACUAUAUGCAGCACACACUUUUUGUAAUUAUACAAUUACUGCUACAGGGUGUAUAGAAAAAAAAACAAUCCCAACUUUGACACCUUAAAAUGUUUUCUUUUUCCUAUUUAUAUAAAGAUUUAAAAGUUUUUGUUGUUUAAUUUUUCAACUGAAACAUUUCGAAAGGUAGCAUUCAAAAGUUAAAAGGUCGAGGUUUAUUUGUAUGAAAAAAGUAAAUGGAUAAUUUAAUUUUAUUAAACCUGCAUAAGUGAUUUAAGGCAGUCCUUGUGAAUGCAAGUAAAUCAUAUUACAUUAUAGGUUCAAUUGUUUUCACCACGGCAUCCAUUUUUUUACAACAGUCCAAUAACUUGGAGAUGGAACCUCUUCUUUUUCUUCGCUCGUUUCGCCGUCUCUCUCUCGUCUCUGCUUUUCCAUCUCCCUUGCAAUAGGGCAGCGACUUCUAAGAACUAGAACGUUCGCUUCGUCACAAAUACUUUUCAGGUGUGGUAAUAUUUCUGGAUUACGUUUAACAAAGAUGGACACAUCGAAUACCUCUCGUUGUCUCCCAGUCAUUAUCAUCCAUGCGUCAAUCUCUGGAUCGGCCUUCAUCCAGAAAUAUGUUCUUCCUUUGUUCUUUUCAGUUUGGCCUUCCGCAGGCGUUCUAGGAAGGAGUGGACGUGAGCUUUUGUCACGGAAUUGUGACCAUAUUUUAUGAUCGCUGCCACCUUCCCCAUCAACCUCAUACCCAGGAUCUUUCUUUGGGAAAGACCCUGGCUGCGGGCUAGUCACGUGCCUCAUCAAAAAUUUAGCGCCCGAGGGGGGUGUGGAGAAAGUAUCAUAUUACAUCAACAUGCUUCCAGUGGGAUAUUCGUUAAAAACAUAAAUUUUUCGAAUUAUUACGUUCAAAAUACUUGCUAAGUUUUGUUUAUUUUCUUUGCUUUGAAUUUACAAAAACAUUCUUACAUUCUUACUUAGGCCAAAUAAAAAAAAAUACUUGGUUAGCGUCACACUCUCACAAAUUUUCAGAGGCCGUUUGGGCGCUCUUAGCAUUGGACAUCACGCAUGUGACGCACAAGAAAUAUUUUGGACGCCUUGUGUGCACGAUAACACCUCGUGAAGACACAAAUGUUUGGAAGCUAUUUGGAGUCUGGCUAGUUCGACGUCUUCCGAGCUGACUUUCCAAACCGCACAACAUGCCACUGCUCGAAAAUUAUCAGAAAUCUAUAUGGAUACAACAAUUUGUACACAAUAUAUACUAGGAGUUACUAUCGCAAGGAAAAUGCUGCCGAUAUGUACAUGUAGAAUGUGCUAUAAAAAGAGCGUUUUUCACUGUAUGUAUGAUUUAUUGUCUUACACAUCGUCGUUCCUCAGUUACCUUCGUACAAUUAUAUCUUACAUCUAAUCUUAUGAAAAGUAUAUUUUAAUAUACUUAACAGUGCGACUUUGAUAGUUGACACAUAAUAUAAAUGAUAAAAUGUGAAUAUUAUUGAAUGAUUUUGUCACUCGUACAACUUUUAAUUUGGCUAUUCAAACAAUUGAUUUAAAAUAGUUGAAUUUAUACUUACUGGGAUGUUAUUGCUUAUUGGGAUGUUGAAAUUAUGUUUGUUUUAAAUACAUUUAAUUGAUAUUCCAUAAAUUCAUUUUGUAUGAUUUCAUUGACCUUGACGUUGUUCAAAAUCAUUUUGUAUUGUAUUGAAACUGUAUGUCUAUGACCUAUGUUAUGUACUAUAUUAACCCAUUGAGUCACAUUGCACCCUGAUGCACCCUACUUUGAACAGUAUUUUACUCUGUCUAACGCCAGACGAUUUUACUCGUCAAGGGAGAGUGCUGGCGCUUAAUGGGUUAACUGAUCUAUCUGCCCAUGUGUCUAGUUAACCCAUUGGGUCGCAUUGCACCCUGAUGCACCCUACUUUAGUAUUUUACUCUGUCUAACGCCAGAGUACGGGUAUUUUACUCUGUCUAACGCCAGACGAUUUUACUCGUCAAGGGGAGAGCGCUGGCGCUUAAUGGGUUAACACGCCCAAAAUCUGUACUAAAACUGCUAAUUCUGUUUUGUGAUUGGCACAGUUUAAUCAAAGAAUCCUCCCGUUGAACCAGAGCCUUCACGAUAUUUCAAUUUAUUAUUAACAUAGGCUCUGGAAUCCAGGAUAGCUUGCCAUAUUGAAUACAGUGCAAUGCUUAUAUUUCUGAAUGAAUAAGAUCAUACUCAGAACAGUCAGAACUGUAAAACUAUAUUGUUAGAAAGAAGUUGAAGUUGUGAGCAUUAUUGUGGUAACACAGCCAUAUGUAUAUAUCAAUGUAUGUCAGUAGAAUCAUGUUUAUAGGCUUUAUAUAUAACUGAGGCCUUAUACAAGUCAUAUCUUAUACAAGUCAUAUCUUAUACAAAAGUCAGUUGAUAUGCUAUAUUACAUGUAAUUGCUGAUAAGUCCAUACAUGCAGACAACAAUCCACACUGGGUAGCUCUAGGAAUCUUGUUAAGCCUGAUUUAACAACAUCCCGCGUUUGUUUUUAAACUAUAAACAUUUAGAAAUAGAACGUACCGAACACUAUUAUAUACUCACCGCCUUUGGCUUUGCACAUAUUAAGUGACAUAACAAACAAAUAAACUAAAAGUUCAUUUGCUUCUUGUAUCAGCAUAAAUCAUUACUGUCGAUUUAGUCGGGAAUAGAUCAGUGAUUCAGUGGGUAUUAUAAUUGCCGAUAUAUUCUUGAAAUCAUAUUGUUUCAAUGCCUCUAUAUCGAAGUUUAAUACACUAAAGUGACUAAACAAGUAUAAACAGCAGAUUUAAAUACAAAUGCCUUCAUGUAUUAUAAAAUAUAUCACCAGACAGGUAGACAGGGCACACGGCACGACUACAUCACUAUACGAGAACGAAAUAAAGCCAUCCUUACCUGAAUUAUUCCAAAUAUUGUCGAUCAUUCUUGCGCCAGAGACACAAAAUAACACCGUGCUUUAUUUACCCAUUCAUCUUCACAAAUAUUACUCGGAAUUUUUAUGGAAAUUCGCAUUAUUUUAUGAUUUUUAUAUUUCUGUCCGUUUAUAACAUUCGCCAUGUUGUGAACAAAUCCCCCCGGGAGCAAAAAAAUAAUAUCAAAACAGCUAGUUUUGGCCCGUCCGUGGAUGACAAAAUGACAUAAAUCGAGAUUGUAGCGGCUAUAAACUCGGCGGUCACGUGGUAAGCACACCACGUGUAGAGAUUAGUGUGCUGCCUCGCUACGCUCGGCAGCAAUAAAUAUACCUUACGUCACUGUUCGCAACACACUCCUUUGUGGAUCGACGGCGAAGUUAAACAUCUUCUUCAAAAGAAAGACACUUGCAGAAGAGCGGCCAAACAGAAAUCGUGCUCCAACCUCUGGGAAAAGUAUCGGGAGUUGCGACGUAAAACAAAGUCCAUCAUCUACGCGAAACGCAAGAAAUUCCUUGAAUCUCUCCCAGCCUUACUGAGAUCGAGUACAAAGAAGUUUUGGUCAGUUUUCAAGUCCGUUUCCAAGCACUCGAACAUUCCCAACAAAAUGUCAUGGUCUCAUCCUGACGACGUAACAAGCUCAGUCAAGAACCCAGCGGACAUUGCCAACCUACUCAACCACUACUUCUAUUCCAUUUUCAAACCUUCUGACGACAAAACAUCCUUUCCAAACUCUAGUGACUCGAACUCUGAUGCUUCAGAAUGUACCAUCUUCAGCAUCCCCUUAACACCCGAGGAAGUUUACCACGUUCUUGCUGCUCUCGAUGAAAACAAAGCGACUGGCCCUGACAAAAUACCAGCGAAACUCCUCAAAAACUGUGCGUCCAGUAUUUAUUUAUCGCUAUGUGAUCUCUUCAACAAGAGUUUAUCUCUGGGUAAACUUCCAAAUGAGUGGAAACUCUCCAAUAUUGUUCCAAUUCCAAAGAAAGGUCCAGCUGAAGAGGUUUCAAACUAUCGACCAAUAUCUCUGUUUUCCUUGGUCUCCAAAGUCUUCGAACGUUGCGUCUACAACCGACUCGUAUCACACAUUUCCACUCAACUCCACCAUCUACAAUUCGGUUUCCUCAAAGGCAAGUCAACCACCUCACAGUUUCUGCACGUUCUCCAGGAUAUUCAUCAAGCGUUGGAGAGUCGAAACCAAGUCGACGAUGUGUGGACUUUGCAAAAGCGUUUGACAAGGUUAGUCAUAAGCUUUUGUUGACUAAACUUCACAAGUUUGGAAUAAGAGGUGACUUACUAAGUUGGUUUGAAAAUUAUCUCUCCGGCCGCUACCAAAGAGUCACUGUUCUGGAUGAGACCUCGGGUACACUCCCUGUACUGUCUGGAGUUCCUCAGGGGUCAAUCUUGGGGCCCCUCCUUUUCCUAGUAUAUGUGAACGAUCUUCUACAUUCCAUCUCGGGCGAAUCAACUGUGGCAAUGUUUGCCGAUGAUACCAAGUGCUACCGUCUGGUGAAAGAUUUACCCGAUUGCGAAAGUCUGCAGAAUGAUCUCAAUAAUCUCGUGAACUGGUGUACUGUCUGGAAGAUGGACUUAAAUAAGUCUAAAUGCGGAGUAAUGAGCUUCACAAGAAGUCGCCAACCAGUCAAAACAAAUUAUAAACUACUGGAUAGUUCUCUGAAGCAACUAUGUCAUCAAAAAGACCUUGGAAUUGUUGUCACAAAAGAUCUCAAGUGGACGAAACAGAUUGAGGAAAUAACAUCAAAAGCCAGCUCAAUGCUAGGCUUCAUUCGUCGAACAGCCUCCGACACACAUAACAUCCACGUGCGAAAGGUCUUGUACCUGUCCUUAGUGCGCAGCAAAUUAGGAUAUGCCAGUCAG